AUGCUUUUCAACGCCGGAACUGUCCUCGCCCUGCUGGGUGCUCUGCCCGCUGCUCUGGCGUGUAAGGGAUACACCGGAGGCCUUCCAAAAGCCACAUCGUCCAAGAAGAUCUCCGCUCCAAUCUACGUCAAGGCCGGGCAGGUCUUUGAUGGCGGUUGGGCAAAGUAUGACCGCAGCCCCAGCUCCUGCGACUCGGGUGAAGGAGGUGAGGCAGACACAGCCUUCGUUGUUGAGCGCGGCGGCACACUGCGAAACGUCAUUAUUGGUAAAACGGUGGGUGAGGGUGUGUACUGCAAGGGUGGCGGCUGCAACAUUGAGUUUGUGUGGUUCGAGGAUGUGUGCGAGGAUGCCAUCUCCAUUAAAGACGAUCGCGCAGGCGACGUGACCAGGAUCAUCGGUGGAGGCGCCUACCACGCCUCCGACAAAGUCAUCCAGCACAACGGGUGCGGAAGGGUUGAGAUCAUCAACUUCUACGCUGAGAACUACGGAAAGGUGUACCGAUCCUGCGGAACAUGCAGUAAGUGCGCCCGCGAGGUUUACAUCGAAGGCGUCACCGCAAGGAAGGGUGGCGAGGUUGCCGGCAUCACCAAGGCCAACGGCGACAAGGCGACGCUAGUGAACGUGUGCACAGACGCGAAGACACCGUGCCAGAACUACAACGGCCCUGGACAGAAGGACGGUGCCUGCUAAGCGUGUUAAUGUGUUUUUUACAGUGGUCAAGCAGAUCAUAACAAGCAUAGGCAGUCUGAGGUGCGCUGAGCAUAUGAAGGGACGUAAAAGUAAACGAAAUCACAAAACUGAGACUACAAGUUGUAACACACAGGCUUUCAUUCUUAUGCAUUACAACACACACACCUCGCAAUCAAGAUCCUCAUUCACCACUUCCUUAUCUCCGGUGGGUGCUGGCAGGCAGGGACAGAUACACAUAUGAUAUCUUAGCUGGUUUUGGCG